UUGCAACUAAUGGGGAGAGCGGGGAUCGAACCCACAACCUUGCGGUUGCAGGACGGCCCUCUUACCCCACUGAGCUACAGCCGCCCCAAAUGCAGGGCUCUCAAGUGUCACGCAUCGAGCGUGACAGUGACGCAUUUCGGUCUUACGUCACGCACUCCCGCCACACAUCGUAUUUCUCACGCUGAAAAAACUCUCGGCUAUUUAAUGUUUUAAUGUGCCGCAGCACGCAAACAUGAGCUGGCCGCGCUGCCCUCACCGUGGAGGAAUCAAGCGCUCCCCUGGAGUUCUGCUGUGUCACAGCAGAACUCCAGGGGAGCGCUUGUGAGGUGCCACUUAUCAGCCAAUCAAAAAAAAGAAAUGGGCUACACAAUAGCCAAUUAGAAAAAAACGUAUCUGUUGUAUCUGGGUAAAAUUUAAUCCAGCAACCAAUGAAAAUAAAGCAUCCUGGAUAGAUAUGUCACUCUUGCCUGUCUUCAAAACGUAAGAGCCCUGUUAAUGACAUGUGGUUCAAUUAAGUUCUCACUCUCUUAAACUUUAAAUCUUGAAAUAAUGUGUUGUGUUUGUGCGUGUGAUUUUGUGUGGUGAUGUAAACUCAGCUGUCAUAACAAGCAGCAGGAGAGCACCUUGUUAACCUCUUGGUAUCCUGCAUGCUCAACACAUCAGAACAUUGUUUGUUAAGGCUGCCCACAUAGCAUUUAUCACUUUAUUUGCAGGCCUAGGAAAAGGACCCUCUCAAAAAAUUUCCAAACAGCUCUUUGAACAAGUAAGAUGUAUUAUAAAGAAUUUAACAUAAAGACAGGACAUUUGUGCAAUAGAAUUAGGCAUGUUUUUGAAAAUGAGAGUAGAGUUAUUAAAAAACAUUUUAAUUCUUUAAGGUAGCAAAUAUGCCUCGUAAAAGACCUUUGCCAGGCCAGAAUGCAGGGGACACCAUGGGGACAACAUGGGGACAACAUGGGUCCAAAUGCCACAUUAAUUCAAAUUUCCUGAUAUUAUAGCCACCAACGUGUGUGGCUGCGUGCGCGGCAACAUUUUGGUCACCCCCGACAAAAUCUCACUCCAAGGUUUUUUGAAAAGUUGGCAGCUCUGAGAUUUAUGUAUCGUGGUAUUUAUAUUGAGUAACUAAAUCACAAUGAAGCUAUUGAAAAUAUUGUCAUUAUUUUUUUUUAAUGAUUAAUUGUUUUACUUAUGUAGGCAAGGGAAGCAUGAAGGUAUUGAAGAUAACCUGGGCACGUGACUAAAACACAUUGUUCAGGUGGGAAGACUAUCUGAGGGAAACGUCCUCCACUGCCGCGUCGCCUACUUCCUUCAAACAGUCCAGAGUCAACCCCUCCAAUGACUUUAAAGCAGGUAUGAAACUUGAGGCGCGUGACCCUCGCAACUCAAACUCUGUGUGCAUUGCAACGGUGAUGGGCAUGAUGGGUACUCGCCUUCGCUUGCGCCUGGACGGAAGUGACAACACCAACGACUUCUGGAGACUGGUCGACUCAAUAAACAUCCAACCAAUAGGAACCUGCGAGAGGAACGGAGACAUGCUCCAGCCACCGCUGGGUUUCAGGAUGAAUGCUUCGUCGUGGCCGAUGUUCCUCCUAAAGACGCUGAGUGGCGCAGAGAUGGCUCCGGCCUCUGCUUUUAAAAAGGAACCAGCCUGCCCAGUGAAAAACUACUUCCAGUCUGGUAUGAAGUUGGAAGCGGUGGACAGAAAAAACCCGUACCUGAUUUGUCCCGCCACAGUUGGAGAGGUCAGAGGUCAGGAGAUCUUUGUCAUGUUUGACGGCUGGCGAGGCACCUUUGACUAUUGGUGCCCCUUCGACUCCAGAGACAUCUUCCCUGUCGGCUGGUGUGCGCUGACAAAACACAGCGUGCAGCCACCUGGACAUUUCUUUACCCUCCCUAGUGCACUCCACGCUCCCGUGUCUUCCACAUCAGUCUCCCUCGCUGCACGUCGCUCAUCGUCCAACUGCUCCUCGUCCUCCAUGCAGACCUCAUACCGACUGCCCAACCCCUUGCCACCCCUGCCUGUGCGCAAGGGUGUCCGUGGUCGUCGCCCCAAAUCCCAGACUAUCGCUUUGUUGAAGGCUGCGGCCGAGGCGGCGGCAGCGGCGGCAGUAAAUGGAGCUUCACAGAGCACUGCCAGAACGAGCGCUGAGGUUCAACUGGCCCCCAGACCACACAAGAAGAGAGGGCCCAAGCCUAAAAUCAAGAAGAAGCCUCAGGUGGUGCAAUCUCUACUGGGGGCCCCAGCAGUCACAGUUCCACCUCCAGAGACCAGACUGAGCUCCGGACUUGUCCCGGCAGACAACAACCAUAGCAACGGCUCAAACGUCGUCUGCACAGUGUGCGUCUAUGUAAACAAGCACGGCAACUAUGGCCCGCACCUCGACAGGAAGCUCGUGCAGCAGCUCCCGGACCACUUUGGUCCCGCUCCAGUCAACGCAGUGCUCCAGCAGGCGGUCCAGGCCUGCGUGGACUGUACGUACCAGCCGUCCGUGAUGCUGUCGUUCCUCCAGAGCCAGUCCCACACAGGAGGAGAGGUCAUCAGAGUGCGGUCAGAGCAUGGUAUUCGCUACGUGAAGCUUCCCUCCGCCUCCAGUACGUCUUCUGUGCUGCGGUUCCUGGAGAACAUGUGCCAACAUCUGGAGAGCGACAGCCUGUUCAGCUCGCAGCCAUUCAGCCCUUUCAACACCAACACACGCUUUUACAACAGGACCAAGUCAGAACCGCUGUCCCACCCUGAGAACGACCUAUCCAACAACGAUUCCACAAAGGAGCCCACUGCCAACACCCGCCCCCCUCACACCGCAUCGGACUACAGAGCCACGAAGAAGGAGCGGCCUUAUUACCCCGGACACACACACACGCCGCCUCCCCUACGACGCGUCAGCUCCAACCCGACUGAACUCGGCCAGAUGUGUCCACCCAGACGAGUGGAGGCAGCCAGCUCAACAACAGGAUCAGACCACCUGAAACAGGACAAGGAGGGUUCAGGGAACGACGCCACUUCCUGGUCGGUUGACGAGGUCAUGCGAUUCGUCCAAGAGGCGGACCCCCAAACUCUCGGCCCGCACAUCGAACUGUUCAGAAAACAUGAGAUCGAUGGCAGAGCUCUGAUGCUGCUGCGCAGUGACGUCAUUAUGAAGUACAUGGGACUGAAGCUGGGCCCGGCACUCAAACUCUGUCAUCACAUCGAGAGGCUGAAACAGAACAAGCAAUAGAGGAUGAAGGCACUCUCUUUUGUCACUGACACACACACACACACACACACCUAAACACACACACACACACCUACACGCACACACACACACGUUUUCCUCUACAGGGAUGUUGCAGUGUAAAUCCAGCUGAACCAGGUCAUUUAGAUUUCAGGUGGUGUGGCGUACUCAUGACCUCAGCAUGUCUUAACUCCGAUUACGGCCCUGAUCUGAACACAUUUGUUUUUACAUUUUCUUUCACCUUAAAACAGACACACAAAUUAAUCACUUGAAUAAGUGUAAUUAGUAUCCGAUAUCUCAGCAUUUGUUUCUGUAAGUUUCUUUUUGCCUUAUUGUAAACAGUCAUUUAUAAAACUUCCAUUUACCAGACCCGCUGUAGGGAUUGCAGCUUUGUCUCUUCAGGUAUCCAGCUGUCUAAUAAUUUUCAUUCUUACAAAUAGGUUUCUGAAUGAUGCAAGCGACCAUAAUUACUAACAGGUACUAAAAAACAGCAGUGCCCCAGUUAUGUGAAGGAUAAGCGUUGAAGGGUUUCAUUUCCAAGAUGUUGGAUCAUCUUAGUGAAUGAUUCCUGUCCUUAAACACUUUUUUUUGACAAAGAUCAUACAAUAAUUGAGCAGAGUGGGCACCACUUAAACAAUGGAUAUCUUAUCACGGGAGAAAACCUUGAAAAUCAGUUACUGAAGAGUGAUUUCUCUUUUAUUUGAGUCUAAUUCGUGAGUUGAAGAGCUAACAUUUUUUUAUUUGAGCACUGAUGUGGCUCCAUGAUUGUAUAAUGCUGGACAGUCACACUCGACAGAGCCAUGACUGGAAUACUGUAAGUUCUGACAUUCACAUAAGAGACAUAAGGGAGAGUACAUGAUGGGUAAACUGUUUUGUAUAAAGUUAAGCCAAAAGGUUGUUUUUUAAUGUCAUUUUGUACUGUAACAAAUUGUAUCAAGCGUAAGUGUAAUCAUCAGUGUUUUCUUUCUGCCUUUCUUUUCUGUAUGCAUUCAAAUAACUACAUGCAGGACAAUGCUGUGUCUGACUAAUUAGUCUCAAAGUAUUGAUCUGUUUUUUCGAUGGCAGUGAUACUAAUUUUCUGAACAUUUCAGAGCCCUUUUUCGAACCAAAUGGUGUGUGUUGUAGCUGCAUUUCCCACUGCUGCUCUCCUGCAGAGAGGACAAGUCGAUACUUGAACCAGUCUUGCUGUAAUGUGAAACUCAGGUUGUAGUGGGGGUUGUUUUGUAGAUGUUUUACAUCUCUAGCAUGUUGUGUUCAUUGCUACAACGUAGAGGGACUGCACAAUAACCAACUAUGUAUAUUUUCUAUGUCAUCGAUCGCUCUGUCUGCAGCCUUUCGUGUGUAAAUAUGCGACUUUUUACUGUAAGUUCAACAAGUAGUUGUUGAAUAUGUUUGAUAUGCAUUCACACGAUUAAACAUUUGUUUACA